UGGAUUAUUGCUACUGACGUCACUGUAGCUUUUGCGAGAUCCUGAAGGCGUCAAAAGAUCUGAUGAGGUGGGCGCCAAGAUGCCAAGCAGCAACUUUCGAUGCCAUUUUCUAGUUACAGUCAAGAGAUUGCACGAUGACACCGAUCCGUUGCCUUGUUGUUUUCUUAGUUGUGUCCUUGGCACAGGGAUUCAAUGUGGAGGCCCCAAGGAAGCUUCCAAAAGUAGAGCUAAAGAAGGCAGCAAUUGGUGCUUUUGCGGCCUUUUCAAUCGCAUCCAACGUCUUGGCUCCAAACGCCGUUGCCGUUGAUUACCACGCCGCUGCGCUGCCCUCCAGCACGAUCAUCGCGGAAACCGUUACCAGGGAGGGUGUGUAUGGAGAAUACGAGGUGGAUGUUACCCCACAAGCCUACGAUGACGCUCGUUCAACAUUCAAAGAUGCCAAGGAAACCAAGUCGAAGAAGGGCAAAUACACUGCCCUGCUUGCAGUUCUGGUUGUUGGAUCCUUUGUGAUCCCCAUGGCUCAGUACUUUUGGUAUGUCCGUGAUGACGAUUCUUCUGAUAAGUUCUUCGCAGAAGAUGUUCCUGAUCCACCCCAAAAGAAAGGCUGGUUCUAAAUAAAGUUGGGACCACUACGCAUGUUCCUUGGCUAUAAAAUUGUUAUCAAGUAGACCAAUAAGCUACCUGCCUAUCGGUACCGGUAUGGUUAGAGGCACCAUGAGUAUCAUUUUGUGGUUUCAUGAUUCCACAAGCCGAAAUUAUAAGUUAGUUAGACCAAAUUUUAGUUCGGGAACAUGAGGACAAUUCAGAAUUCUAGUAUUAUACUAAAUAGCAACAUUGUCUUCUAAAGUACACUUGUUUUUCAGUUAAAAUGCGCAAACUCUUGCCCCA